AUGGCGGAGGCCUCCCCGUCCUGCUCCUCCUCCGCCUCCCCGUCGCCGCCGCCUCCCGGGGCUCCGGCGGCGGGCGGCGAGGGCGGCUGGAGCGAGGCCCAGUUCCGGCGCUACAGCUUCGAGACGCGGCCCAUCCCCCGCCUGCCCCACGGCGACCCCCGCGCGGAGGAGCUCCUGGAGAACGAGGAGCCCGUGGUGCUGACAGGUACAAAUCUGGUGUAUCCUGCCCUGAAAUGGGAUCUGGACUACCUCCAGGAGAACAUCGGCAGUGGAGACUUCUCCGUCUACAGGGCCAGCACUCACAAGUUCUUGUAUUACGAUGAGAAAAAGAUGGCCAAUUUUAAGAACUUCAAGCCCAAGUCAAGCAGGGAAGAGAUGAAAUUCAGCGAGUUUGUGGAGCAGCUCCAGGAAAUUCAGCAGCGGGGAAGCGGAGAACGCCUGUAUCUGCAGCAGACGCUCAACGACACAGUCGGGAGGAAGAUCGUAGUGGAUUUCCUGGGCUUCAACUGGAAUUGGAUUAACAGGCAACAGGUGAAGCGUGGCUGGGGCCAGCUGACAUCCAACUUGCUUCUGAUAGGCAUGGAAGGGAAUGUGACUCCUGCUCACUAUGACGAACAGCAGAACUUCUUUGCCCAGAUUAAAGGUUACAAGCGGUGCAUCCUCUUUCCACCGGACCAGUUUGAGUGCCUAUAUCCCUUUCCCGUGCAUCACCCGUGCGACAGGCAGAGUCAGGUUGACUUCGAUCAUCCUGACUAUGAGAAAUUCCCCAAUUUCCAAAACGUGGUGGGCUAUGAGACGGUGGUGGGCCCCGGAGAUGUUCUGUACAUCCCCAUGUACUGGUGGCAUCACAUAGAAUCUUUGCUGAACGGAGGAACUACCAUUACUGUGAAUUUUUGGUACAAGGGCGCCCCGACCCCCAAAAGGAUUGAGUAUCCCCUCAAGGCUCACCAGAAAGUGGCGAUAAUGAGGAACAUCGAGAAGAUGCUGGGCGAGGCCCUCGGGAGCCCCCAAGAGGUGGGUCCCUUGCUGAACAUGAUGCUUAAGGGCCGAUACGACUAG